AUGCAACCAAGAUCAACGGAUAUUGUAAAAUCUAAUCAGCCGUUGUAUGCCUAUACGCUACCCGAUCAACUUCUGCAGCGUCUCAAGCUUCGUUCGGUUGGCGCUCAAGAUGAAGACGAAAAUGUUGACGCCGGCAGCGAGGAAGACGAUGAGCAAGACGCGAAGAAUGAACCAGGUGAAUAUAGGACCACGCCAAGAAGGAAGAAAUACUUCUGCUCGACUACGCAAGCUUCUUUUGAUACAAUUGAGGAAUUACGUAUGCAUUUCCACUCAGAUUGGUACAGAUACUGCGUUAAAUUGAAAGCUGAUGGAAAAGAACCAGUAACUGAGGAGGCUUUUGAGGAUAUGUUGGAUGAUGUUUCCUCUAGCAGCGAUGAGGACGGCGAUGAAGACAAAUUGACGCAACUGCUGAGGAAGCAGACAAAGCUCAAUACUCUAUCAAACAGCAAAGAAGAUGAUGUAGAGGAUUUCGACACUCAAAGAGCAUUGAGUCGCACUCCCGUCGUCUGGUUUGAAGUAGGUGAUGAUAACCUCGAUGACGCCACACCGGGUGCUCAAUUAGGUGUUUAUAGAGCACUUUUCCCUUCACCUACACCGCCCAACAACGAAAUCUUAGAUCACUUGAACAAAUUUCAGCUCAACGAUUCUCAACUCAACGCCACUGAUUCACCGCGCAGAUGGACGCUAAUCAUGAUCGGCGGUGGUCACUUUGCAGCCUGCGUAGUAUCUAUAGUACCUCAAGUUGUGCGUAGAAACAAAAGGACCGAAGUCGAUAUCGGUGUCGUCCUUAAGCAGAAGACUUUCCACAGAUACACGACGCGUCGCAAACAGGGUGGAGCACAAUCGAGUAAUGAUAUGGCCAAAGGCAAAGCCAACUCUGCCGGUGCAAUGAUUAGACGAUACAACGAGCAAGCGUUGGCUGAGGAUGUUCGAGCACUCAUGAAUGAAUGGAAGGACGAUAUUGAUGGCUCGGAACGUAUCUUUGCCCGAGCGACGAGCAGCUCAAACAGGCGAAUCUUGUUUGGAGGAGCGAAUAAUGACGACUGUGUGAUAAAGAAGACUGACCCUCGUAUACGCGGUUUCCCAUUCCCGACACGCAGGCCAACCCACAAUGAGCUGAUAAGGUGUUUCCAAGAGCUCACUAAGGUCAAGACGACAUACUUGACUCGCAACCAGCUGCGUGAGCAAGAUGAAGAUUGGCUGGCUAAGGUGGUACCAAAACCUAAAGUCUUACCAAGCCAACCGCAACAGCAAACCGCUCAACCUGAGAAGCCACGCGCUCUUACAGCUGAAGAAGAAGAAGAAAUUUUCGUCAAAGAAGUAAAAAGUAGGGCUAUAGAGAUGGUGUCCAAGGAUAGGCUGGAAGCACUAAAGACACAUAUGGAUCGACACUCGGGAAUAUUAACAAAUCCUAGCAUUAUUAUGGAGAAUGGAAGUACUUUGUUACAGAUAGCAGCUGCGAACAAUUCCCACAACGUUGUCACAUGGUUGCUGCUCGAGAAACAGGUUGACCCUGCUGUUUUCGGUGGUAACAAAACAGCUUACGAGCUGUCGAAGAGUAAGGAGAGCAGAGAUGCGUUUAGAAUAGCGAUGGGUAAGUUGCCUGAGAGAUGGGAUUGGGUUGAAGGUGCAAGAGUGCCUAGUUCAUUGACGCAAGAGCAGCUAGAGCAGUCGUCAACAUCAGCGAGAGAAAAAGAAAGAAGGAAGAACCUCAAAGACAGGAUGAAAGAGAAGAGGGGCGCACGCGAACAGCAAGAAGUUAAACAAAGAGAAGAAGAGGAGGCUAAGGAGAAAGAAAGGAUUGCAAAAAUACCUUCACAUGCAACUACCAACACACUGGGUGGAAAUGCAAACACACUCGCGACAGCUGGACUCAGUGGUGAUCUCAAAGUUAAAGUAGAGAGGGAAAGACGUGCACGUGCAGCCGAAGCGCGAAUGGCAAACAUAACGAAGAAUUAG